AUGUCCGAUCAGUUUUUCCGCGCCACAGAGAAGGUCAAAAUCAUAAUCAAGAUGAGACCCUGGUCGCCAAAACGCUCCAAGAAGCAGGAGGAUGGCUCCGGCCGUUGCUAUCUCAUGGAGCUACCCACCGAACUACUACUAGAGAUCGUAUCCCAUUUGACAGUUCUCCCGGAGGCAGCCCUUGCACUGACUUGCAAGCGCAUGUUCGCCAUCUCCGGUGAAAUCCUAUUCUCGAAAUCCCUCCGAUUUUCUCGCGACUUUGCGCCGCUCUUCCAUCAUUAUCGUAAUGGCCACAAUUUCGUCACCCCACGAUGGUCAUUCCUCACCCUACUUGAGAACAGCCGCUGGAAGCUUUGCUCCAUGUGUCUGAAGCUUCAUCCCCGAGCCGCUUUCUCGCCGAGAGAGUUGAGACGCAACCCAGACCUGCGGAUAUGCAAUGUUGGCGAAUUGGCAGGAAUCGUCGACCUUUGCCCAUGCAAGAAGUUAACUUUCCGGGAUAAGCUGGAUCUCGUGGACCAUGUUCGGGUACGACAGAUCACACUGCAAGCUUUGAAAUCAGAGUUUGGAAAUGCCGUCGACGAACGUUAUUGUUGGCAUACAUGUACCGAGCAGUAUGGCCCCACAGAGCUGAAGACUUCCCUCUUCCCAGAACUCGAUCACAAGAAUGAGCUGGUCCUUCGCACGGAAUAUCAGCUCACCACUGAACCGGGCCAAGUUGGAAAGGAAGAUUUCAUGACACCACGAUUUGGAUGCGCACAUAGAUCAGUUGAUCUCUGGCUAUCAAGCGUCUACCAAACCACCAUCUGCCGCCUCUUCGAUUCAUUCUGCUCAUCGUGCAAGCGUAUCUCAGUCUGCAGUGCAUGUAAUACGACGUUGAAAUGCCCACGGAAGCAGCCCUUCAACACCGAAAAGUCGAACAGGGCGACAUAUUCAUUCUGGACCGAGCGGAACCUCGGUGGCACAAGUUCGAUCCCCGAUGCAAUUUGGGGAAAUCAGAGAAUUCACCCGGCUGAGCCAUCUAUCAGUGUGGAGAACUGCAAUGAGCUAUGCCCGUGGACAGUGCGUGAGCACCCAGCCCUUUCCUUCACUCCGAGUUUGGGAGAGGAGAUCAUUGAUCCUGCCAUGGGCAAUUCGCCUAUCAAUCAACUUUAUUCAUCACUGCGCAAUCUUUAG